AUGUUUCCUGCGGCUCCCAGAGUGAUCACUUUGCUGAGUGGUCGCAAAAAUGAGAUCUCUUCAUCGGGAGCCUCUUGUGAACUUCUCAAUUCCUUGAAGUCCCUCCACAAACAUGUUGAGAGCCAGCAGCUGCCCCAAGAAUUCAAUGGGUCUCUUCCCUAUUGCCAUCAGGACUGGCUGCGCUUCCAAAUGCGUCUGGAGCACUUGCUCUAUGGGUGCCAAAGGGCUUGUCUGUUCCUCAAAGAGGCCAUACAAGCAGUGGAGUCCAGCAGAUGGCCAGAGAAACCUGAGGACGCUCGUGCCUUGUUGAAGAGCUAUAGGCAAAUGAUGAAGACAGUUCUGGAUGACGCAAGGCUGGCCAGGUUGCAGCUGGAGGGGGGGGCGCUCCUGACACGCCUCCAGAAGGAAGAAUCCUGUGUCGUCAUGUCCGAGGACUACAGAGAUGCUGUGAAGAUGGCCAGCACUCUUUACAACCAAGUGGAUGAAGGAAUCCACCAGUUGGUGCUGGUUUCAAACAAGCGCAUCCAAGCUCUGGAACUGGUUAUGGAAUUUGAAGUUGUGGAACAACACUUUCAAGAGAUCUGCAGCUGGAUCAAGAAUGUUGGCGAAAUGCGCCUCCUAGAGCUGAACACCCUGGACAAUUCUCUGGAUGGCCUGCUUCAAGCCCAAAGGCAGUUCCAGGAUUUUGCACUUGUGGCAAAUGAACACUGCCAGAAGGGAUGGGAAGCUCUGAGGAAGUGGGACGGGGGCAGGAAUCUGUUCACCGUGCAACGACCUGCAGGCUGCGGAGUCAAGCUGCAAGUGUACAGAAACCAGCUCCAGGGAUUCUGCAGACAGUUGGAGGCCAGCAGGAGCCGGAUAGAGCAAGCAGUUGACUUCUGUGGAUUCUUGGAACAGGCUAACACAUGGGCAGUGGAGGGGAUGCAGUUCCUUUCCAGCAUCAGCGUGGAGGACUGUUCUGAUGCUGUUGCGUGUCUGCAAAACUACAAGCAGCAGCACCCAGGUAUUAGCGAUGCCCAAUUCCAAAAGAUGAAAGAGCUGGCCUGUCUGCUGCCAAGCAGUGAUCCUCUAAAGAAGUGGCAGCUUGUCCGGUCCAAGUGCCAAAAGACAAAGCUUGGCUUGGAUAUGAAGCUAGAAGCUGCCCUGAGGAUCUGGCGACCUCUGGGUCCUCCUGACUUGAAGCCCUCAGAAGAGGGAGAGUUCAGCUUGGCCAGUCAAGACAAGAGGAAUGCUCAGGCUGAAGCUUCCAACAUGGCACCUCUACCUGAAAAGCCUAGUCAACUUUCUGGAUGGACUGGGAGCAAAAUGAUGGACACUUACAAUGAGGCUGGACAGGGCCUGCUCCAGGUUGCUUGCGGCCACUUGUGUAGCCUUGCUGUUGACAUACCUAAGCCAUCGUGCAGUGUCUGUGAUGAAAGAGCCAUUCUGGAAGCCCCAGAGGCAGCCCCUUCCUCUAGGCAGCUCUUUUGCAAAAGGAGAUGGAGGAAGGCCCAGAGUUUUGACCUCCCCUGCUUAGAGGGCCGUCAGACGCUGGGUGACCCAGGUCACUGCGGCAGCACCAGUGUCUUGAAUAAAGGCUUGGAAUUCAGCAGCACUGAGUUUGUGGAUGGACCCUAUAAAGACCAGCAGUGCCUUGGCCCAGCAAGGUCUUCUGCAUUCAGUCUGCAAGAGGAGCAGAGAAACAGGGGCAUUGUACCAGAGACAAGAAGCUGGAGCAGCAAACCACAGCAUAUCAUGGGAGAGAUGGUGAUGACAGAGCAGGAGUACGUGCGAUCUUUGCACUACAUCCUUGACAACUAUUUCCCUGAAAUGGAGCGGAUGGACCUGCCUCAAGACCUGAGGGGGAAGCGAAGCGUCAUUUUUGGAAACUUGGAGAAGAUAUACAACUUCCACAGCCAGUAUUUCCAGCGAGAAUUAGAGCACUGUUGCAGCCAUCCUCUGCGAGUCAGCCAUUGCUUCCUGAGACAUAAAGACCAGUUUGGGAUGUAUGCCUUGUAUAGUAAAAACAAGCCCAAGUCUGACUCAUUGCUGGCCAGUCAUGGGAACGCUUUCUUCAGGGUCAAGCAGAUGCAGCUGGGAGAUAAGAUGGACCUGGCCUCCUACCUCCUGAAACCCAUCCAGCGCAUGAGCAAGUAUGUUCUCCUCCUCAAAGACCUCAUCAGAAAGUGUGGGAAGGCACAAGAGCAGGAUCUGGCUUACCUGCAAGCAGCUGAGGAGAUGGUGCGCUUCCAGUUGCGGCAUGGCAAUGACCUCUUGGCCAUGGAUGCCAUCCGGGACUGUGAUGUGAACCUCAAGGAACAGGGACAGCUGAUGCGCCAGGAUGAGUUCAGCAUUUCUCUGGGCCGAAGGAAGUGCCAGCGCCACGUCUUCCUCUUUGAGGAUCUGAUCCUCUUCAGCAAGCCUAAGCGAGUUGAGGGGGGCCUAGAUGUCUACAUCUACAAGCGUUCCUUUAAGACAGCAGAAAUUGGCCUGACAGAGAACUCCGGGGACAGCGGCCUGCGUUUUGAGAUUUGGUUUAGAAGGCGGAAAUCAAGUGAUACCUACAUCUUGCAAGCCAGCAACCCAGAGACCAAGCAGGCCUGGACAAAUGAUAUCACCAGGAUCCUAUGGGAACAAGCUGCACGCAAUAAAGAAAUCCGCAUGCAGGAGCUGUUGUCUAUGGGCGUCGGGAACAAGCCUUUCUUGGACAUCAAGCCUAGCAAGGCUGCAAUCCAUGACCGUGCCAUUGAUUACAUUAUGAAAGGCAGAGGAGCCAGGACUCGGGCUUCCGUUGCCGUGUCCCUGUUCGACCAUGGCAAUCUUUACAAGAGAUCUCCAGCUCCUCUGUCUGCUGGCACCCCAUCUUCCUGCUCAGUGAUUGGGCCUCUCAACCUACACAUGUACCUGGAUCAGACCUUGCUGCCAACUGUGCUGCCCACCAACCUUCCUUUAAGGGCUGGAGUCUACAUUGAGGAAGAUGAGAUGGAAAACGAGACAAGCAGUCAGCCCUCCAUGACAACUGAGAGCUCCGAGUCCUCUCAGGGCAUGCCUGAGAGUGGCUCCAGUAGCUCUGAUGGCUGCGUUUCCAACUUUUGUGAAAAUUGGAGAUCCCCGCUCACCACUGCAGCAGACUUUUCGUUAACCUCCUCGGAUGGGGAGAAAGUCUGUUUCCCCAAGAACCAGUAUAUUUCAGCGGUUUGAACGCAGACUCUGAUGUUCCCAAAAAGCCAGAAAAGAAGGAACCUCCCUGAUGGCUGGGCAGGCCUGUCAUCAUUCUGACCCUUGGAUGCGAUGAUGGCACCUUAUCCUUUUGAUGAGCUCUACUGAAGGGAAGAGGGUCAAGCCCACCUCUUCUGAUCGUCUCGGCUAGUACAGGGGAGCAGCAGCAGCAGAGAAAGUGGGGUUAAUGGGGUUGCCAGAGCAGGAACCAAGGGGUCACUGGACUGGGGGGGAGGUCGGUAGUGUGGAGAAGAGCUCUGUGCCUGUGCAAGCAAGAGAAGGGUCCAAGGGCUCGCUGCCUUGCUUUGUUUCCACAGCUGACCAAUUUAGUUUCAUACACUGUUUGUUUUUAGUAAUUGUAGACAUGCAGAAGGAAACAAAAGAAAACCUAGACAUAGACAACCAUUUUUGUAUGUUGAACCUCGUAAUCUAGCUUUCUUGCUUGUUUUGUUCUUACUAAUUAUUUCAGUAGGUGAUUCCACAGAACGCUAAGUACCAAGUCUUCCUGGUCACUUAUCUUGCUGUCAGGGAAAAAAGCAGCUUGUAUUUCUGAUUGGCAGAACAAGGUGUCUGUCAUUCUCAUGAGGAAAGGUUCAUUUCCUGCCUGGAGCAACCUCUCAGCUCUUGCAUCUAUUUCUUUGAGUCUGGAGCUUUGGGGGGUUUCUGUGAUCCUCUAGUUGAUGCGAGUCAGUAAAGGCACCUCUGAUUCUUGGACCUUUCUGCUAGUCUGGCUGAUUUUGAGAGUUCAGUUAAUGUGAACAUUUUUAGACAGAGUUGUUUUGUUUGGUGAGCAGACAGAACUCUAGGAGGCAGCUACAGAUCUCUGCUGUAGCCCAUCUCUAGCUUUACAUUUCCCGUGCACUUCCUUUCUUUCUUGUUAACCACAUUUUUGUUCCAUUCAACAUGCUGUGAAUACAGCUUUUAUUUUAAUAAGUUUAUUUAAGAAUUGACAUUUUCACUUUCUAUAGACUGGGUAUUACAGCUAUUUGGUGCAAUAUAGUAUGGAGAACCUCUAUACAGGAUUAAUUUAGGAACAUCUGAGUAUUUUCUUCUUAAUCUAUUGCUGGCUUUUAUAGGGAGUUGGUUACUAAGAAACUGAAGAAAGCUGAGACUAAAUUUUGCAGGAACACAGCAUCUCACAAAUAUUUCUGGAACUCCUCAGUUUUGGUUAUUUUUUAAUUAUUGUUACUGCUGGAAAUAAAGUCCUAAUAUAUGCU